CUCUGACCUUCCCAAAACACCGGACAGCCUCUGAACGCUUAAUGUAUUAUGUCAGCGUGUUCCACCGCGCUGCCCGUCGUGGGGAGCGGGGCCAUAGGGCAGUGGAUGCUCCUCCUCUGAGAAACCGCUCUGCCUUUGACUCCAGUCCACAGGUUACAGAAUGAAAGUGCUCAACAUCGCAUUGUUCGGACAGAGCGAGGAACUAAAUGUGUGGAAGUACCGGCUUCCUCCGGCCCGCGGGUCCUCGCUGUAACUCAGUCUAACGGCAGUUUCUUCCCGUUCAAUUUAAUCGGCUUGGCCGCGCGCCAUUUCCGACUGUGACGUAACGGUGCGUGUUGGUGGUGCUCUGAGCGCGCGGGGCGAUUAUUCAUCUUCAAGCCUCUUUCGCUCGCUCGCUCGCCGACUCUCAGAGCUUGAACACCUCCAAACCCGCAGAGAGGAGAGCAGGUCGGGCCGCCAGCGCCGAGGUACGUAACCUGUGCCGAGUGACACUCAAACGUACGUUUCCUAGUCUUAGUUUCCUCCCCGUGGGCUAAACGAAACGAAAGCAAGCGUUUCAGUGCUAAUUUCGUGAUAAAGAGAAUUGUUGACAGUCACAAAUGCCGCCUUUUAAGCUUUAGAGAUGACGAGUGCAUUGAAGUGCCUGAAGUAUCUGUCCUAAGAUCUUUGGUUAACGGCCGUAUAAUUCUGUGUCGACUUGCGCGGGGAUUCCCCGCGGUUUGCGCGCAGUGAAGUUGGCCACACACUCGAAGCUCCGUCCUCUUUUUUUAGUGCUUCGGUUUCUCCCUAGGCACAAUAAAGAGGCAUGAAAAUAACGAGGCUGCAGUUAAAAAGGUCUAAAUGUUCCUAUCAACACAGGGGAGGCUGCUUUUCUACACUGCAGUAGCUAAUAGACAGUGCGGUACUUUUUCUAGAGGAGGUGAUGCCGUCUUGAUGAUGUUCAGCAGGGCGGCACUGCGCAAAUUGUGAAGGAACACUUUAAGUGCAUGGCUGCGUUGGUUAUGAUGGCUUUCUUUGCUUGUCCAGUCUUUCUAGUGUGAGAGAGCUUGGCGUGGCAUGGCUGCGGAGGAGAAUGAAUGUCCAAAGUUCCAGUUGUCCCAGCAGGGUUCUGACCAUGUGAGGUCCUGGGAGCUGGAGUCCGUCCUGGCAGGCCGCAAGCUUAGCUUCGUAGCCAGGCUUGAUGACCAGUACGUGUGUCCGGCCUGUGGUGGUGUCGUCCUUAAUCCACACCAGACAGGCUGUGGCCAUAUCUUCUGUGCCAAAUGCAUCAGAAUAUUCAUUGAGAAUGGUGACACUUCAAAAUGCCCUUUUGAUGGCAUUUUGAUCAAAGCAGAGGAGGUUUUUCAAGACAACUGCUGUAAAAGAGAAGUACUAAAUCUUGAAGUUUACUGUACCAACUCUCCGGCCUGCACACAAAAGGUGACGCUGUGUAAUUUGCAGGACCACCUCAAGGCUUGUCAGCAUGAAGCCCUGCAGUGUUCCAACCCAGGCUGCACAGACAUCCUGUUACGCAAAAACUUGACAGAUCAUCAAAGAAGUCUCUGCUCCUUUCGCACUGAAUACUGUCGCUAUUGCAAGAAACCUUACCCUGUUACCCAGCUGCCGGACCAUGAAAAGACCUCAUGCCCAGAGGCUGAAGUUCAGUGUCCCAAUAAAUGCUCUCAUAUGGUUAAAAGGCAUAAGGUGAAACAUGAUUACAUUUUUAAGGUUUUCCAUUCGGUUCUGUCCCUUACUGUCGCCUUCCUGUUCAAAUGCAACACAGUUGAAGUAAUUUGCCUGUUCAGUAUUUCUAUAUUCUUGGCACCCCUGUCUUUCUUACCUGCCAUUUGUCACCUGCAGCUCAAAGACCACUCGGAUGAGUGUCAAGAGGUGGAAACAGACUGCAUUUAUAAGAAGUAUGGCUGCACAGUCAGAGAUAAGAGAGGCCAAGUGAAAGUCCAUGAGUACACAGAAUUCAGUCACCAUGUGCUCCUUGUAUUGGAUAGCAAUAACAAGCUAAUGGAACAGGUGGAUCAGCUACAGCAGGACUUGGCUGUCCAGCAAGGGGAGCUGAAGGAAAGGAACCUGCUGGUCAGCAACCUUAACAGAGAGGUCUCCAAGUGUGAUAGCACCCUCUCUGCCAUACAGGGGUCAGUGGAGGAGCAGAGAGAGCAUGUGUCCAGUGUGAAGCGCGAGCUGCAGGACCUGCGGGGUGUUUUGGAGGCAGAGUUGGCUAAGGAGGAGCUGGCUGCUCUGCGUGCCUCACUGGACUCCCUCAGACAGCAGGUGGCAGUGACACAGAGCCUCAGAGAACACCUGGGUGCCUUAGGACAGACUUGUCAGCGUCACACACGUCUGCUGGACAUCCACGUGGAGCAGUUGCAGUGCAAUGAGCAGCGUUUUCGCCAGCUGGAGUCCACUUCAUACGAUGGAAAGCUCAUCUGGAAGGUGCAUGACUAUCACCGCAAAAAAGAAGCUGGCACAUCCCUCAACUCCCCUCCCUUCUACACCAGCCGCAGUGGAUACAAGCUGAGUGCGCGCGUGUAUCCUGGUGGGGAGGGCGCUGCCCGGGGUACUCACCUGUCCCUGUACGUGAUGCUGAUGAGGGGAGACUUCGACUCUCUGCUGCCGUGGCCCUUUCGCCAAAAUGUCACUUUGACCGUGCUGGACCAGAGUGGCUCCCGUAACCACAUCAACUGCAGCUUCACACCAGACACUGCCAGUGAGAACUUCCGCCGUCCCACAUCUGAAAAUAACUCAGCUUUAGGCUUUCCCCGCUUCCUUUCCCAUGGUGAACUGGAGGCUCCCCGGAACGCAGUUUAUGUAAGAGACGACACACUGUUCAUCAAAGUCAAGGUGGACACAACAGGUUUGGAGGAUUUGUAGUGUGUUCUGGGUGGAAUGUUGGAGUUUACAGAGAGUAUGUCAUUCACAAAUCUAAGUUAUUUUUAUACUUAAUUUACCAAUUGACCAUUUGCAAAAAUCCUGACUCUCUUUGUUAUUGUUGCCAUGUCUGACAGACUUUCAGCUUUGGUUUUCUGGUAGCAACCCUAACAGACCUAACAAGUUCAGCUGCACAAAGGCAAGUUUCGAAGCACUCAGAGGAAUUUGGAAUCCAUUCAAAAAUAAAGUAACUUUUUAAAAAUUUAGCAGACAAAAGUGAAUAAAAAUGAUCUGGAAACCCAGUUUACACUUAUUAAACCAGGGAAAUUGAUUAGUCACUCAAAGUUAAAGCAGGUUCUCAUGUUUAAUAAGUUUUCAUUAAUAAUAAGCUACCCCUUCAGAUGAGCUAAGACCAAGUCUAAUGCUGGAGGUAGUCGUAACAAGAUGAGAUGCUAAGAAGGUAGUUGGUGAUGAAGGGGGCUAAUGGUUUUUAAACAAGGUCUUUCAACAAACUAAUGAAACAGUACAAAGAAUGGCUUGUGCAAAAAGCAUUAAUAUUUAGCUUUCCACAGAGACAACUGAUCUUACAUUUUUUUCUUUAAUGCUGUUUAUCAUUAGACAUUAGAUUAAAAUGAUUUUUUAACAAAUACAGCAGAGAAGCUCUUACCUCAGCUUGUUGCUUGUUUUGUCAAUGAGCUAUGAGUGUGGUCUCACAUAGUUCAGACUAAGAGGCAUGUCUGUCAUUAUUUUGCAUAUGGUCAGUUGUGAUGAUUCAGAUGAGCAAUGUUUACCAGUUGGGACACUGUAGCAAAAGGUCUAUUAAUUUCUUUUGUCUUUGUGUUUUUAUUUUAUACAUGUAAACAUUUUAUAAGCGCUUUUCCUAAUAAAGAGCUGGUGCAUCUUCUA